GAUGACGACACACCAACUUGAGAGCUCCCGGCUCCCCGAUCCUUGGCAGAAUUUAGUUAUUUUGGGCCAGCAAAAGCGCAAACGGUCGUUCAGCAAUGAAUUCAAGAUUUUUGUGAAUCGAACAUACACUUCAUAAUGGGAGCCUCCGGAUCAAAAACAGCACAACAAACCGUGCGAAAAUUCCCCUCGCGCGCCUCCGGCUCGUCCCCAGCAGCAUCAGCGCCAAAACCAAAACCAAGCUCAACACCGCGAAUGCGCCCUCCUCCCACAGCAGCAACAGACGCCCAACCGCGAUCCCGACCGCAAGCUUCGUAUACGAAAGAUGAUGUAAUCCGGGCCGACUCGAUGGACCCCAACCGGCCCGAAUUCAGCGCCGAGUUCGCCGACCGUCUGCAGAAGAUGGGCAUCGUGCAGCCGAACCCGACAUACUCGCCGUCGUCCAUAGCCUCCCCCUUCCUCGGCGCGCCGCCGGGAAGCAAACCCUCCGCGUCGUCGCCGCAAUACCCGUCGUCUUCUAGCAACGUCACCCUCGGCGUGCUCGAGGCACGGCGCCGGCUCGAGGCGCGCGCUAGAGAGGAGCUUGAGAACAUGGGCAAGUCGACCGAGAAGGGGAGGGAGUUCUUGGAUAUUGGCACGGUCAGGCAGAUGCUGGUGCUGCGCCAGGGUGGCGCCUCGGCGGCAGACAUUGAAUCACGCUUGAGGCUCAAGCCCGGUCUCGUUGCGACAUUGGGACCCCGGGGCGUAGUGGCGCCCGCGUCAUGAGCUGGGUGUGACUGAAUUAUUAGGCUUGCAUUUUGUUGGCUGAAGCUGGUUGCCAGCGGACGGUUCUACUCUGGGGCUGGCCCGAAAAGCAAAGAAAAAGAACAACGCGACGCCGGCUCUAUGUACAUUAUUACAUAUUUUCGGAUACCCCGGUCCACAUAAACA